AUGAAAGUUCAAUGGAACUCAACUUAUAAUAUGUUGAUGAAAUCUCAUGAAAUUCGAAUCCCUUUACAAAUGUUAGUUUCAGUAAAUCAAAACUUAAAAGAAUAUUAUCCAACAGAUAAAGAAUGGCAAAUGAUUUACCAAUUAAUAGUAUUAUUAAAACCUAUAGAAAAAGGAACCCAGCUAUUAUAUGCUACAAAUUACCCAACAUUAGCUUUAAUUCAUUGUGUUUUUAAUGAAAUUCAAUAUUAUCUUGAUAACUAUAUUGAGAAUAACAAAGAUAUAAGUUUAGCAAUGAUUGCAUCAUCAAUGAAGCAAAAAAUUAGUGAAUACUGGAGUAUUAUUGAUAAAUCUUCAAUAGUAGCUACAAUUUUAGAUCCCAGGUAUAAAACAAUUGACUUUUUUGGACUACAAGCAGAAGAUGCCAAAAAUAAAUUACAAAUGAUAUUUACCUCUUAUAGCACUACUUUUACUACUGAAAAUAUACACAUUCCAGUUUCUACAUCUCAAAAUUUAAACAAAUAUUUUGCUUCUCUUAAUAAUCGAAAUCCUUUAACUGCAAAUAAUCCUACACAAAUCUCUAGUAAAGUAGAAUGA